AUGUCACAAAAGACAGAUCAUGUGAAGAAAUGGUAUGGUCAGAUAAAAGAUGGGAAACUCUUCCAAGAGAACCCUCUUGGAAGAUCAAGCAUCAUUCUAAGCAGUGACAAGAAGAAUAUUCACGCAAAUGAUCUCAAAAAGAAAGUCACAAAGGAGUUCUGUGUUACAGAUUACAAGAAUCCAAUGAUAGACCAAAACCUGAAUCUAUAUGAGAUCCUGAAACAUGGCAGAAACACAGGUUUGCCAAUUGAUAUAGACAUAAUGGUUGAGGAUGAAGAGAAGGCCAAUGAAUAUGAGAAGAUGCAAUCAGAAGGCCAAUAUCCUCUAUUAGAUGAGAUCAUAGAGUUCGCCAAGAACAGCAUAGACGUUAUGACAGUUGAAUUGGGCAUUGAAGGAUUGAAUGCUGACGAUGUAAUCAUAUGUGAAUCGAGUGGCAGACAGCAUGCGGAAGCAAGAUACAAAUUGUCUUACCAUGUGAUACUCCCAAUAUACCUUGAUUGGAGAUAUUGUCGAGACCUAAUGAAGAUAAUAGAGGUGCCUGUAACAGAUUUUGAGGUGAAGAUAAAGAGACAUCUACCAAGUCUUCAGAAGAAUGUCAUUGACAUGGCAAUCUACAAACAGCAUCAACAAUUCAGGCUUAUCAACCAAUCCAAGAUGAUCUACCACAACAACCGAUACAUCAUAACACCUACAAUAAAGAGAGCGGUAAAACCACGAGGAGAACCAUUCUACAAAUACCUUGUAGGUGAAUAUGAAGAAUCAAAUAGAUUCUCUAAAUUCGAUCCGAGUAUAUUGAGUGAAAAAAAGAAGACCUUGAAGAUAGUUCCUAUAAGGCGUGUGAAUGAGACAUUACAAUUGAACAACAAUGUACAUGUAUUGAAGCCAGAUAUUAAUGAACACUUUGUCAUGUUCGUGAUAAAGACUAUCAAGAAUGAUAUAAAUUCGAUCGACACAUAUAACUGGAAGAAGUUAAUCUUAACAGUCACUAACUUCUUGACAGAAACCUCUGAGGAAUUGUUCAAUGACUUACAGGGCUCUGUCCACAUCAAAUAUGAAGAUAGGAUUGAUGUGUUUCUAUCACUCAUGACAGAAUGGACCCAUCAGGCCUAUGUAAAUCAUUGUCAAUACCUAACAUGGAACAAGGUGACACUCCUGAACAAGUGUAAGGAAUUGAAGGUCAAGAGUCAUUUAGGGAAGGCAGUCCAGAUUCAAUGA